UUCGUACACGGGAAGUCUCUCAGAUUGAAAUGCCAUUUAUUACGUGCAAUGUUUUGCUUCAAAGGCUCUGUUCAAACUCGUAUUGAUGACUUUUUGCACGGCGUAGCAUCGUUGACGUUUGGUGUAGGAUAGCGCUACGUUUUGCAAGUACGAAGCCUCGGCGAAAAGAAUAACUGGGAAAAAGUAUCUGCUGAAAUUAGAGACACCGAUAUUUCGUUGCGUUUUCUAUCGUCCCCCAGACAGCAAGUUUACGCUAGAUUGGAUAGCUCCGCGACCACACCCAACCCAGCAACAAAAAAGCCACCUUCUUCUAGUGAAGCUGAAGAACUUCGAAAACAAACACCAAAACACAAUCAACCUUCUUGUAGGGCGGUUCGGAAUUUUUUUCGAGCGUUAUCAUCAGCAGGUUUAGAGUUUUUUUAUAGGAUCUCAACGCCUAUAAAACAAAGCAAGCAAAAUGGCGGCACAGGGAGCAACAUUGCAGAACUACAACAACGAGCUCGUCAAGAGCAUCGAGGAUCUUCGGGAGAAGCGCGAAGAGCUCAACCGACAAAUCCUGAAGGAGGAGGAAGACAAGGGAAAGGUACGAUUGGGUUUUGGCCCUGAUUUUUCAGUUUGCAUGUCUGGGUCACCACCAGCAGAAAUAACCUGAUGACACUGAAUUCUCUUUGUCCUGCAUGAAACAAGCGACAACACACUCUUUAGUCAAAUUUUGAAAUCACACCCGUUUUCUAACUCGCCAAACACAGAUCCAGAAGGAGCUUUCCAUCUUGACGGAUCGGUUGCAGAAGAUUAACGAGUCUCUCGUGCGCAAGACUCAGGCUCGCAACGAGUACGACAAGACAAUCCAGGAGACGGAGGUAUGGACGCAGUUGAUUUUUUCCUCUUUGUUGAUUUCCUCACUUGGAAUUUCCUGUUAUGUUCCUCCUUGUAUGGCAACAACAUAACAACAUGUUGGUAGGGCAUGCUACAACAGAUGUACAAAUUUUAUUGAAUUCGCAAAAAACAGGCUGCCUACAUGAAGAUCCUCGAAUCGAGUCAGACACUGUUGCACGUGCUCAAGCGCGAGACAGUGAACCUGAGCAAGAAGAAGCAGGGAUCGGAGUAAAAAGGUGCACGAGGCGCGAAGCACUCGUCGCCUGGGGGAGGCCGAAAAGCAAAUGCAAUUGUAGUUCUUUGUUACGCAGAAUUAAAAACACUUUUGAAUACGCAGGUUUUAGCAAUUUCGUUCCUAACUUAACUCGUUUUUCUUUUUCCAGUAUAAACUUAAACUAACAGCAGCAGGUUAUGGCAAACAAGUCUGUCGUGAGAUCUCAUUAACCGUGGUCUUGAAGGUUCCCUAAACUAACAUCAUCAUUUUGUCACUUAGAAAAAUCAAAAAAACACACCCUGUCACGAGCGACGGGGCAAAGAAAUCUUUUUAGCUUCGUGAAUGAGAUCGCACCGAACAGUAUCUACCCACCAGUGAGACCUCAAGAACUACUACAACACCCUCAGCUAACCCUUUCCAACCCCCUUGAAAAUUACAUGCUUAUUGCAAAGUCACCGCCGAAUCUCUUGAUGUUACGAGGAGCAGAGGCUCGUAACCCGAAGCUGAACUUCCUCCCUGCCUACGCCUUUUGAGCCGAUUCCAAAGAGAUUCGAUCUACGAUAGCUUUGAUUAGUCCGCCAGACUAGUCGAACCGCCUUCAAUGUACACUAGAGUUCGAAGAGUUUAAGUACGUAAAUAUUUUCAAAGUCGUCGGGACAAGAUAUGCAACACAUCAAACGCGCACCAAGGCAAAUGCAAUUUCAUGUAACCCCCUGAAAAAAAAUAAAGCGAGAGGUUCUCACCCAGAGGACUCGGG